UGUUGUUUUAACUGCAGGUACCGAGAGGCUAUUCUCAAGUGGGAUGAAGCACUUCAGUUAACCCCAGAGGAUGCUACACUUUAUGAGAUGAAAUCACAGGUCCUGAUGUCUUUACAUGAAAUGUUCCCAGCAGUGCAUGCAGCAGAAAUGGCUGUCCAGAGAAACCCACGUUCCUGGGAUGCCUGGCAGACUUUGGGACGUGCCCAGCUUGGAUUAGGAGAGAUAGCACUGGCAAUCCGAAGUUUCCAGGUAUCCUUACACAUCUUUCCGAUGAACCCCGAAGUAUGGAAAGAGGACCUUUCCUGGGCAAGAAAGCUACAUGAACAGCAGAAGGCAACAAACACUGAGUCAGUUCAAGCACUGCUAAAAGCAAAGGAGCUUGCACAAGAACCAAUCCCCGACUAUGACUUUGAAAGUGAUGAAAUUGUGGCAGUAUGUGCUGCCAUCGCAGAGAAGGAGAAAGCUCUUUCAGCAGCUAAAACAGUAGUGAUUGUGUCUGCUUCAGGUACAGUAGAGACUGUUAUUGAGAAGGACAAUUGUCCCACAACUCCUGAUGAAACCCUUUUCAUCAGAGCUCGAUAGGGCAGCCUCAUGGAUUGCCAUCCUGUAUUAAGAAGUAGUGUUAUUUAUUGUAUUUGUCUUGCUUUGUGUUUGGUUUUUGGGUUUUUUUUAGUUGUA